UAUCUCCUGUACAUCCUCGAGCUCCCAAACCAUCCGUACUUCGCCGCGCUCGUCUCCAUUUCGAGUAUCGCUGACAUUGGCAAGACCUCGCAACGUCUACUGUUGCUGUGCGGCAUUGAGAUCGUGUUUCUUAGCUUCUACGUGGCGUUGAUCCAACGUCGACUGGGGAUUUCUGCUCUGCACCAACUCGCGUUCGUGCUACACUCGCAGCGCGUCCUCGUCCAGGCAAAGUUCGUGAUCCUCAGUCUCGUGAUCCUCGGAUUCCCACUCGCUCACUACGGGAACGGCCUCAUCUAUCGCUUAGGAUCAGUAUAA